AUGGCCCCCAUCGAGCGCAUCACGCUAUUCAAGAUCCCCGACGAGGCAGGCCGGGAUCGAGUCCUAGAGCAGUACAAGGUCAUGGCCAAGACGGCGACCAAGAACGGCAAGCCGUAUAUACUUAGCGCAGCGGCCGGACACUCUUUCCCGGAUCCUCGCAACAAAGGGUACACGCUGUCUGUUAAGACGACGUUCGGUUCGUUGGAGGAUAUGCAGUACUAUGAUAAGGAAUGUGAGGCGCACAAGGCGCUGAAGGCUGUGGCCAAACCGGUGAUGGAGGAAGUUCUGACCUCGUAUUUUGAGAAUGUUCUGUGA